CCGAGUACGACGGCCGAACCGCGCGCGCCGGCCGUUCUCUAUGAAGUUCUGAAUUUGAAAUUUCAAACUGCGUUGUUUUUUUAAAACUUACUGUUUAUUGCCAGUGUCGUUAUGGAUAUAAAUAAAUUUGUUUUGUGCAUUGACGAAAUCAAAGUUUGAAAGUUCGGUGAAUAUAGUUUUGAAUUUGGAAUUUUGUUAGAUUUGUCUGUGAAUGAGUUUUAAGAAUCUAUCCAGUUGAGAUAUGAAAUAUGGAGGACUACAACGAGACCUACACCAACUCGUCGGAGUCCUACCAGCCCUAUUACGAGAGACCGGAGACUUACAUAGUGCCGCUGAUCUUCGCUCUCAUCUUCGUUAUCGGAGUCGUCGGGAAUGGCACUCUGGUAGCCGUCUUCGUGAGGCAUAAGGCUAUGAGGAAUGUGCCUAACACGUACAUCCUCUCGCUUGCCUUGGCUGAUCUCCUGGUCAUCAUCACGUGCGUGCCAUUCACCUCCAUUGUAUACACCAUAGAAUCCUGGCCCUGGGGAGACACCGUCUGCAGGGUUUCAGAAGCGGCGAAGGACGUCAGCAUAGGAGUGUCAGUGUUCACGUUGACAGCCCUUUCAGCCGACCGGUACUUCGCCAUAGUGGACCCAUUGAGGAAACUGCACGCAACAGGUGGCAGCAAGCGCGCCACCCGCCUGACCGUGGCGGCCGCCGUUGGUAUUUGGAUACUGGCCGCGUUACUAGCAACACCUGCGUACGUGGGUUCUUAUGUCAGGACUUUUGUGGUCAACCCUACAACACAGUUUCUAGUCUGCUACCCAUACCCAGUGGAGUGGGGUGAGAGCUACCCGCGCACGAUGGUGCUGAUCAAGUUCCUGGUGUACUACUCGCUGCCGCUGGCCGUGAUCGCGCUGUUCUACGUGCUGAUGGCGAGACACCUCGUGCUCAGCACGCGCAAUAUGCCGGGCGAGAUGCAGGGCACGCAGAGACAGAUGCGAGCUAGAAGGAAAGUGGCGCUCACUGUACUGGCGUUCGUGCUGGUGUUCGCAGCCUGCUUCCUGCCUUCCCACGUGUUUAUGAUGUGGUUCUAUUAUUGCCCCACUGCAGAAGAGGAUUACAACGGUUGGUGGCACGGCCUUCGCAUCGUCGGCUUCUGCCUAUCCUUCCUCAACAGCUGUGUCAACCCCAUCGCGCUGUACUGCACCAGUGGCAUUUUCAGAAAACAUUUCAAUAGAUAUCUCCUCUGCCGCGGGGGGUCCACUCACGCUACGCGAGGAUCUCUGUCUAUUUCCACGUCGAGAAGACUCAAUUCCAGCAGAAAAACUAACAUCAGCAUGGUGCCGAGGACAACCAGCGUCGGUCGUGACAGCAGCAUCAGACUCCUUAACAACGGCUCGUCCAAACUCUGAGGAAGGGGUCCCGGCCACAUGGCCAAUAAUAACCUAGAACGCUCGAAAGAAAACUACAGCAAGAGCGCCCUUUAUAAAACUAAUCUUAAUCACAUGGCGCCUUUUCCCAAAUGCUGUGAACACGAAAAUGGUGUUAAAAUUGUUGAGACAAAUGUGGACAAAGAUGUCAGUAGCACUGAAAGUUUCUUUUUAAAUCGGGACAAUUCUUUUCGUUCUAACUGUUAAACUUGUAUAAUAAGUCAUUAACAAAAGAAUUACUACUACAUUAUUUCAAAAACUGACUGUACUUUGUCGCUACCUAAGAUACUGACGGACGCCUAUUCUAUGCAAUCACAUCAUUGAGGUUAAUCUUAAUAUUUUUAUUUUAAUACUAGAAGCAUCGUUGUUCGUUUAGGCGAUUAACACACUGCCCCGCACCACGCAGCGUAGCGCGUGAAUGCGUGUUCGAACGUUGCUUGUAAGUAUCUCCGUUUGUAUGGAAAACACGCACAGUCUAACACACAGAAAAUGCAUCCACGCGCGUUCAUGCGGAUCACGCGCAUACACGCGGAGAAACAUGCACCCCCGCGCGUAGGUGCGGGGCGAGACGCAAGGUAUGGCACACCGAAUCCCGCAGUGCCGCGCGUGAUUUUGAAUGGGCGUGACUUUUAAUUCGACCAUACAAAUACCAAACAGUUACACCCCUUUCACACGGCAGUCCAGUUUUGCAGGAUCGGCUUUUUACGGUAUCCUGCUAAACUGGACGCUGUGUUCACAUGGCAGUUCAGUUUUGCAGGAUUCAGUAAAAAGCUGGUUCCGCAAAACUAGACUGCCGUAUGAACACGGUUGCAUCCUGUUUUUUUACCAUUCCUACGCCGGUUAUCAGGUGAAAUGGACGUAAAUACUUUCCUAAUUUUCUAUUGGUAUUAUCGGCGUCGGCAGCGAAAUAGAAGAUUCUGGGUUCAUCCUAUUCUGACACAACGCUCGAAUUUGGGUAUUUUUCGGAAUCUUAUGAGCGAUUUGAGAAGAGAUGAGUCAAAAUUUUUCAAUUAUUUUAGAAUGAGUAUGACCACAUUUGACGAUCUUUUAAAAAGGGUGAAUGAAGAUUUAAAAAAACAUGAUACAAAUAUGAGAAAAAGCAUCACACCUGAAGAAAAGUUAGCAAUAUGUUUAAGGUAAGAAUGAAAUACAUAUUUAAAGUUUAAUAUUUAUUACCAAACACAAUAAGUUAUGUAUGUAUGAUAUUUUCACAAGAUGAUCGUUAAUAUUAAUUAAAUAUUAGUGAAAUCCGGAAAAUCAGAGCUCUGCGAUUCAACUGAUUGUGCAGAUGGCGAUGACUGAACGCUGUAAUGCGGUGUGAAAUAACCUGCUGAUUGAUAAGAGUUGUUAAAAGUAGAUGGUUGUUGAGAGGACCAUUGGUUAAAAUUGCGGCUUUUUAUAUUUUGCAACAAACUUAUAACACCUGCUUGAAAUUGUAAUAUUUGAUCAUCGUUGAGUGAAGCUAGUGUAGGAAGUAAACUUUUAAAAAAUGACAAGUUACGAUCUUCAUUCUGCGUAUUCGGCUGACUUUUCAUCUGGUGAUCAAUGAAACUCGCCAUUUUUUGAUCCAUUACAGAAAGGUUUGCAUUAUAAUCUGUUGAGACCCUAUGGAGGAACUCAUUUAGAUAAAAAUAAAAGGAUAUUUAACUAUCGAUUAACAAGAGCCAGACGUUAUGUGGAGUGCGCGUUUGGAAUAUUGGCAAAUAAAUGGCGAAUAUUUCAUCGUCCAUUGGACGUAAGCACCAGUACAGCUAUCUCGAUAGUUAAAACUUGCGCCGUGCUUCAUAACUAUAUCAUGCAUAAUGAAAGUUCAUAUGCGAACAUUGACAGCAACGAUUCAACGAUAUCUUUGGAAAACGUACGUAAUGAGCCAAAUACACGAGGUGGACGCUGUGCUAACACAAUACGAACAGAGUUCACAAAUUAUUUUGUUUCUGAAGUGGGAGCUGUACCUUGGCAAGACGAAGCAAUACAAGGAUAAACGAAAUAAAUAUAAAAACUUACCAUAGCUUUGUCUUUCUUUUUCCUCAAGUUCUUGAAAGUCUUCUCUCAAAACAAUGCAAACUUCGCGCCAUGCUGCAGUUCGCAAGUUGUUAUCUUUAUAAUUUUCCAGCGUUUUAUCCCAUAAUAUAGGCCUAAUUUCAAUUAGUGUAAUAAGAAGUUCGGGAUCAAUAUUUGUUUGCGACAUUUUUCGACGAAACACAGCAAUCUCGGCGCCGCGCAAAAGAGCAAUGCGCGAGCGCUACACAUGUGCGGGUGACGCGGCGGGCGCGGGGCGGGGGCUGCCACCACUCCACUAUCCCGCUAAAAACAGUGUCCAGCAAAAAACCGCAUGCAGGAAGCCGUGUGAAGAUUGCUAUUGAAAUAUAUGUGUGAUUAAACGGGAUCCCGCUUUUUACUGGACUACGGAUCCAGUUUCUAGUGACAAAACCGAAUGGCACAAUUCGACCGGAUCGGUUUUUUGCAGGAUCCCGCAUGCGGGAUGCUCGUGUGAACGCUAGCAUAUAAACACAUUCGCCAUCAAACGGGAUCCUGUAGAAAACGGGAUCCUGUAAAAAACUGGACUGCCGUGUGAAAGGGGUGUUAGUAUAAUGGCAGCGUCCUGAAUAAGUUCCACACUAUUAACCAUUUUUAUCAAGACUAUCGUGAUGCUCAGUACUGCACGACCACCACAGAGAACGGCGAAUAAAUGAGAGCCGCCGUGCGUGAAUCUACAAAACACACCUACGCGCGUGAGUGCGCAAAAAACCCGCACGAUGAUGCAGAUCUGCACUCCCGCAGGAACGCGCGUAGGUGCGUCGACACGCAAUAUGCAGCAUGAUGCGGGGCAGUGUGUUAAUCGCCUUAAGUUCUCGCUUACACUAACCAAUUUUGAAAAUUGAUUUUCUCGAUAAACGAGCGAGGUACUAGGACGAUGGAAAAUUAAUAAUACUUAAAUGUGUCGUCACACAAAAAAUAGCACUAUUUCUGUUUAGUGUAGGAGGAUUUACCAUACUCGUCCAAAUGGGAUUCCAGUAAACGAUGCCAUAAAAUUUUUACUCUGUGUAAAAGUUCAGCUAUUUCUUAAUAUGGUAUCGCAGGGGUACGAGAAAAGACAGUCUAGAUAGACAGCGUACAUAUGCCUUGGUUCUCAUUUAACAAGUUUCGAAAGAAAAUGGCUGAAGCGGGACCGAAGGUGCUUAGUUGCUUCAAAACUUGACGCACCUAAUGGUGAAAAGAAUAGCAGCCAUCUUGCGUGCCAAAAUCUCAAAUCGUUUAUAUUAUGUUCCUUAUUUGUUUAACAUUAACUGGCAACACGAAGAGAUGUCAACCGACCAUACCAUAAUUUUGUGUGAUUAAAAUGAAUUAUUCGAAAUUCAAGUAUUUAUGGUAAAAACGUAAAUAUGGAAUACCUAAAUGGGCUGUCAACUACUCAGAAUUUAAUACCUAAGUGUUUAAUUUUUUCCAGUGUGUGGUUGCCGUAAUCAUAAUUAUAUUCCUAGAUAAAAUAACUACUUAAUAUUUGUACGAAGUGCCUGUAGACAUCCAUUUCUACUAUUCUAGUUUUUAAUGUAAACUUACAAAUCACAGUAUAAAUAUGAAUGAAUAUAGGUACCAUUAUAGUGGAGUACCUAUGCUACUUCUAAGUUCUAACACAAUUUAUCCUUUUACCGUGCUCGCACAUUACCUUCUUAGAUAUCACUUUCGGAAGUUCUAAAUACCCUGUUUUUUAUUAAGCUAUUACAUGUAAUAUUUUUGCGACCACAGGCAAAUGAUGCUGGUCAUUUUAACUUUGCUGUGAUAAUUCAGUGGAUGUGUAUUAUUUUUGUAAAAGUAGUCAUAUGCUCCUAAUAAUUAUUAAAGAAGCUCCGAUAUAAUUAUUGUAUGUAACAUGAGUUUUAAUUAUUGAAUUUACAAAUUACUCAAUAUAGAAAUACAAAUUUUUUUCACGUUUUGUGAACCUAAGAUUUAUUAUUAAGCUACGAAUUUUAAACACAGUGACCGUGCAUAAUACUGAAUAAAAUGAGAUUUGUAACAUUUUUCUUGGCGUGUCGACAUACUUUCACGAAAAUCAUUAUCAACAUUGAUGAAUAAACUCACUGACGAAGUCUCAAUGCAUAAUAUUAUAUUGUACUGUACAGUCAAUAUACAGUCUACUUGUAUAGUGUCUAGAAAAGUCAUUACGUCAGUUAAUUGGUAAAGUUAUUUAUGAUGGUUUGUAAAUAAAAUUAAAUAGGUUUAUUAAUGUAAGUACAUAAUGUACUAGUAUGGUUGUAAAUAAAUAAAAAUUAUCAUUGAAGUUGAUUUAGGCAUGUAAAAAGAAACUAAUGUUUAUGUAAUUAAGAAGUCAAGUACCUUAAAUUGUUAAAAAAAAGCUAUGAAUGUUUGACGUUUGUAAAUUGGAGCAAUGUCUUUUACUUGUAAGUAUUAAAUGAAUUAAAAUGAA